GAGACAAAAAGGAGGAGGAGGAGGUGGCACAGAGGCAGACAAUGCGGUUUACUCCUCCGUUCAAUUUACACCCACAUCCACAAAAAAACAUCAUGUCUCGAAGAUGUGGGAGAGAAUUCCUCGCGAUUUUGCUUAUUUUUCUAAAUUUUUUUAUAUAAUCGGAUUGGACAAAAUUUUCCCCUGUGCGUUUUGAUUGAGAACCAAAAAAAUAAAGAUGAAAUUUCCAAUAGAGAACCCAAGGAAACAAGUUAACUGGGACCCAGAGCAAGUGGCGGUCCAGACCAACUUGGUCCCUCCCAAAAAGGUCCAGCCUGGCAUGGCGAAGUCCAGUCUAGUCCAGGCCAGCGUGGCCACCAUGCAGAACCCCAUGAGCUGCGAACCUAAGGCCAACGGUCACUGUCCGCUCCCGCGCCUGUCCAUCUCCUCCCGCUCUGCCAGCGUGGUGGCCAGCAUGGACGCCAGCAGCUGUGACGGCGUGGCCGCGGCGCUCCACUCGGUGAUGAAGUGGAAGACGGUGCUGGCGGUGUUCAUCGUGGUCGUUCUCUACCUGGUUUGUGGAGGUCUGGCGUUCAGGGCACUGGAGCAGCCGAACGAGAGCGACCAGAAGUACAGUAUCACUCUGGAGAAGGCUUCGUUCCUGGCAAAUCACCCAUGCGUUACUCCUGAGAAGCUGGAGGAGCUCCUCAAGCAUGCCAUCGAUGCUGUGAGUGCUGGAGUGAGUCCUAUUGGAGACACGUCCAACAACUCCAGUUACUGGGACCUGGGCAGCGCCUUCUUCUUCGCUGGAACUGUCAUCACAACCAUAGGUUAUGGAAACAUAGCUCCAAGCACGGAGGGCGGGAAAAUCUUUUGCAUCCUUUAUGCCAUAUUUGGCAUCCCCCUCUUUGGCUUCUUGUUGGCGGGGAUUGGAGACCAGCUGGGCACCAUCUUUGUGAAAAGCAUCUUGAGAGUUGAGAGGAUAUUCAGGCAAAAACACAAACAGAUCAGCCAGACUAAGAUCAGAGUGACGUCCACCAUCCUGUUCAUCCUGGCUGGCUGCAUUGUUUUCGUCACCAUCCCUGCUGUCAUCUUUAAACACAUCGAACACUGGACCACACUGGACGCCAUCUACUUUGUUGUGAUCACACUCACCACCGUGGGAAUAGGAGACUACGUGGCAGGUGCUAACCCUUUGAUCGACUAUAGGAAGUGGUACAAGCCUCUGGUUUGGUUCUGGAUCUUGGUGGGUAUGGCGUACUUUGCGGCGGUCCUCAGCAUGAUUGGAGACUGGCUUCGAGUACUGUCUAAAAAGACCAAAGAAGAGGUUGGGGAGAUUAAAGCUCAUGCAGUCGAAUGGAAGGCAAAUGUUCGAGCAGAGUUCCGUGAAACGCGACGGCGCCUGAGCGUUGAGAUCCAUGACAAGCUCCAGCGGGCCGCCACCAUCCGCAGCAUGGAGCGCCGUCAGCUCGGCCUGGAGCAGCGCGCUCUCUCCCUGGACAUGCUGUCUCCAGAGAAGCGGGCCCUGUUCGCCAGCCUGGACGCUGCCCGCUUCAAGACGUCCUCCCAGGAGAGCAUCGACACCAAGCUCAACAACCUGAGGCUGAAGGGCGCCUGUGAGCCGUACGACCAUCAGGGGAGCGAGCAAUCGCCACAGACGGCGUCUUCCUCGGAGGAAAAUCUCUUCAACCUGCGCUUUGGAUCCCUCACCAAGCUGGCCAGACGCAACAAGAACCGCGACUUACGGAGGAACAUUUACGAAGACGGACGACGGGCGAGCGUAAGCAUAAACAAUGGCAGCGCCAUGCUGGGUGAGGAGAGGACGGAAGAAGAAGAAGAAGAAGAUGGGGAGCCAGAUGAGGAAAGCGGAGAAAUGAAAGAGGGAAACACCAGUCUGACAAACCUGUCACAGUACGCAAUGGAGCGCAGCAAGUUGAAUGAGUUCGCACCAGUGGAGGCCAAAGACAUAGAGAACGACUAGGCAUUGAAUGGAAGAGUGCUUCAGAGACAGACAGAGUGAAAGAGACAGAGACAUAGAAGAAGAGUGCAUGGACCUUUGAGAUGUCAAUAAAUGUGCCUUUCUGUUUCCUAUGCUUAGAUUGGAACUGCUCCCAGGAAAUUCAGUCAUCGUGCCAUAGCCAUGGGAAGAAAAUGUGUUGCCAAAAAAUUGAAGAGACAGAAGAGGCUGUAGUUAAAAUACCUCAUAUUGGAUGUUACUGUAGAAUGGGCUACUUAAGAACUCUCCUCUCUACAGGAGCUAUCUUUCCAGCUCCAUUGUCUUUCAGCCUUGACGACUCUUACGAGAGACACUUGGGCAACGGCUGUCUGUUAAUGUUGAAUUUUAUUUUUUAACAAUGUGGGCAGGACAUCCAGAGAGCUAGCUUCAUGUCAUCCAUCUUCAGAAACAUUAUCGAUCCCCACUUUGUCAUAUCAUACUGCGGUGGCUAUUUUUAGCCUGCAGCUACUAAAGGACUACAAUGCUAAAUGAAUGGAGGGUGGGAGGUUGUGUUUCUGCCGGAUCAAUAGACAAUACGAGCAUUUACCUACCUGACAUGUACAAUUAUUCCUACAUGGUAUGUGACUUUGAAAAUGCAGCCUUGGAGUAUAAACUACUACAUACUAAGAGCUCUAUUCACCUUGAUUGUGCAUGGUUAUUAAAAUACAACCAUAGCAGUUAAUUGACUAACUUGAAAGCUUGAAAUGACAGCUGUAAUGAUGUUUCUUUUUGUUUUAAUCAAAUGAAAAGUACUGCUUUCUUUCAUAUAUUGUGAAAAACAACAUGUGUUUCAGUAAUGAUUUCCACCACUGUGGAUCAACACUGUCAACACAUUUAAUCACCUUUGGCCACGAGAUUGUUAGCCAUGUUGAAAACACUUUUGUUUGUAUAUGACAUUCACUUUUAUCAAAAAAUGUCUUCAGACUGCUUAAAUUAUUUUUUAAUUGACGAAUGUGAUGCUGUUGACUUUGUGCUCAUCAAGCAUGUUUGCAUCUGUGUUUACUCCUUUUUAUAUCAGCCAAGAACUUGAGUUGGAUUUUCCAUUGAACUGUAAAAUAUGAACGAAACAUGUCAUGUUUCUUUUUUCGUACUUCUUUUCUGAAACGUGGUCAAUCAUCUUCACACUGAAAUGUGUUUUCACCAUAUGAACUUUUUUUUUACAAACAGGCACUGACACUACCCGACGCCUUCUUUAAAUACAAUUAUUAAAUGUAUCACUAGCGUGCACUGCAUGCAUUUCUAAAGGCGAAUUACACACACUGGUUGUUGUCCUGUUUAUCUGAUAUCAUUAACGUUUUCAUGACCAGGACCUGUGACAAGUUUGUUGUGUACAGUUUAUUUUAUGAACAGAUCACAUUAAAUGUAGUGAGUGCCUUUUUCCAGAUAAUAAACAUGAAAAAAUGUU